CAAAAUUAAAUCACCAUGCAAACUCCCUCCUUUACUUACAUAUCGUCUAGUACUGAGAGUACUGCCUGUUUGGAAGGUGAUGAAGAAGAUGAUGAUUCCAUUUUUCUUUCUCUUGGUCCUCCUGGCCAACACAUCCCUAAUAAUAUUCCCUCCUCAAGCCACCCUGUGAGUCACCAAAAUCCUUCUAGCAGUGAGGGUGGUGUAACAGUAGCCCUUCACAUUGGUCCUCCAAUUACUUCUGCACCCAACUCCACUAACCCUAAUGUCGACGUGGCUGCUCCUCUAGAAGGCCAAUACUGGAUUCCUUCUCCGACACAGAUCCUUGUUGGUCCAACACAGUUCUCUUGCUCCGUCUGCAACAAAACAUUCAACAGAUACAACAACAUGCAGAUGCAUAUGUGGGGGCAUGGAUCACAGUACCGGAAGGGUGCAGAAUCAUUGAGAGGAACAAAACCAGCCUCUUCCAUGCUGAGACUGCCGUGUUAUUGUUGUGCUGAGGGUUGCAAGAACAAUAUAGAGCAUCCGAGGUCAAGGCCACUUAAAGAUUUCAGGACGCUUCAGACACAUUACAAGAGAAAGCACGGUGCCAAGCCUUACGGGUGCCGGAAAUGUGGGAAACCAUUCGCCGUCCGGGGGGAUUGGAGGACUCACGAGAAGAACUGCGGGAAACUCUGGUUUUGCAUUUGUGGUUCUGAUUUCAAACACAAGAGGUCCCUUAAAGACCAUGUUAGGGCAUUUGGGAAUGGCCAUGCUCCCCACACUAACACUACUAUGGAGCUGUGUGAUCAUCAUCAGGUUGAUCAUGAAGAAGAUGAUAAUGAUGACGAAGAAAAUGAGAUUAAGGUUUGGUAA